AUGGCGUCCAUCAGGUCAUGGCUCUCGGCAGUCAUCUGCCUUCUGCCGAGUGCAUCCCUGGCAGCAACACUUCUGGCCUCGCACUACAGCGGCACUAUCUACACCCUGGACCUGGAGGUCACGAAUGGCAAUGGCACCCUGAAGGUCAAGUCUACAGGCAAGGCCGGAGUUACUCAGCCCGCAUGGAUCACGUUUGACUCUGAGGACCGCAUCCUGUAUGUCAACGAUGAGAACUGGCGAGGCCGUCCAGGCGGCAUGUCGGCCUUGUCCGUCAAGGAAGAUGGGUCGGUAACCCUGGCGGCGAGCGCGCAGACCUCAGGAGGCCAGGUGCACAGCACCCUGUACGGCGGCAGCAACGGCAGAGGGUUCAUCGCGACAACGGAGUACGAUCUGUCCACCCUCACAACCUACCAGCUCCCGCUCACGGCCAGCACCCAGCCCGUCGAGAAGCUGAAGUUCACCAUGUCGGGCCGCGGCCCCAACGCCAUGCGCCAGGACCGCCCGCACCCGCACUCCGUCUGGACCGACCCCACGGGUAAGUUCCUGCUGAGCGCCGACCUGGGCGCCGACCUCGUGCGCAUCUACCGCAUCGACGCCACUACGGGCAAGCUCACCGAGUGCCCCGCCGCCCAGACCGGUCCGGGCGACGGCCCGCGCCACGGCGCGUGGUGGGCGCCGAAAGCCGGGUCCACCGAGGGACUCAUGCUGUACGUCGUCAACGAGCUCGCCAACUCGGUGACGGUCUGGCAGACGGCCUACCCGUCGGGCGACGGAGGGUGCCUGUCGCUCAAGAAGACGCAGUCCGCGCCGACCUACCCGGCGGGCAAGACCGCGCCCCAGGGGUCCAAGGCCGCCGAGGUCCGCGUCGCGGGCAACUUUGUCUACGCGUCGAACCGCAACGACCGAACCUACGGCGCCAAGGAGGACUCGAUGGCGACGUACUCCAUCGACGCCGCCUCGGGCGCGAUCAAGUUCCUCGAGCAGACCAGCGCGCACGGGUGGUUCCCGCGCACGUUUGUGAUCAACAAGGCCGGCGACAUGGUCGCCAUCGGGGGCCAGACCUCGGCCAACGUGGCGGUCGUUGCGCGGGACGUGCAGAGCGGCAAGCUUGGGGAGUUGAUUGCCACGAUCCCGCUUGGGUCGCCUGGCACGGUGAAUAACGAGGAUGGCUUGAGUGCUGUGAUCUGGGACGAGUGA